UGGGGUGUACACUGUAGAAACAAAUGCAAUAGCGAUUGUCCAGACUUAUGCCGUUUUGAUGAUGGACUGUGUAAUAAUGGCUGCUUUGGAUAUAGUGAUCCACCAGAUUGUACUAAAGCAUGUAAAAAAGGAACAUGGGGUGUCAACUGUACUAAGACUUGCAGAAAACAAUGUUUUGAUUUAUCAUGUGACAGAAAUACUGGAUUGUGUGAUAGUGGAUGUGCUGGAUUUAGUGAUCCUCCGUACUGUACUAAAGCAUGUGAAGAUGGUUGGUUUGGAAAUGAAUGUCAAUAUAAAUGCCACUGUCAAAAAUCGUGUAGCCCUGAAGGUGAAUGUCCUGAUAAAUGUGAUGAUGGUUGGUUUGGUUACAAGUGUCAAUAUAGUUCAGUUCCAUACAAGGCUGUUACCAAGCCCAAUCUAGUUGAUGUUUCAACUAUUUUAAAUGAUGACAAUGAGACAACGUGUAUUGAUACCAAGGUAGACUUUGCACAACUGGACUUAAUGAACAUUUAUUAUAACCCAUGGAUCAGAUUGUUUACUGAGA